CCUGGGGCGGAUGGCUCGGGCCAGUGGGCUCCGCGGCGCGGCUCUGCGCGUCCUCCUGUACUCGUUGCUGCUGCUGCUGCUGCUGCUGUCCUUGCCGCCGCCGCUGCUGGCCCGGGCCCCGCGGCCGCCGGUCACCCACCGCCACCGCCUGCUGAGGAGGGGGCCACAGCCCUGGCAUGAAGCUCCUCCGCGCAGCCGGGCACCUGCCCCUGCUGCACAGGAGGCUCCUCGGCCUGUGGGGGGCCCCAGACCUCCCCGCUGCGGCGUACCUGACCCACCCGAUGGGCUGAGUGCCCGCAACCGACAAAAGCGGUUCGUGCUCUCUGGUGGGCACUGGGAGAAGACCGAUCUCACCUACAGGAUCCUUCGGUUUCCAUGGCAGCUGGUGCGCGAGCAGGUGCGGCAGGCAGUAGCAGAGGCCCUCCAGGUGUGGAGUGAUGUGACACCACUCACCUUUACUGAGGUGCACGAGGGCCACGCCGACAUCAUGAUCGACUUCACCAGGUACUGGCAUGGGGACAACCUGCCAUUUGAUGGACCUGGGGGCAUCCUGGCUCAUGCCUUCUUCCCGAAGACCCACCGAGAAGGGGAUGUCCACUUCGACUAUGAUGAGACCUGGACUAUUGGGGACAACCAGGGCACAGACCUCCUGCAGGUGGCAGCCCACGAAUUUGGACAUGUGCUUGGGUUACAGCACACGACGGCUGCUAAGGCCCUCAUGUCCCCUUUCUACACCUUCCGCUACCCGCUGAGCCUCAGCCCAGAUGACCGCAGGGGCAUCCAGCACCUGUAUGGCCGGCCCCAGCCAGCCCCCACCUCCAGGCCCCCAGCCUUGAGCCCCCAGGCUAGGGUGGACACCAACGAGAUCGCACCACUGGAGCCGGAAGCCACACCAGAUGCUUGCAAGGUCUCCUUUGACGCAGUAUCCACCAUCCGUGGCGAGCUCUUCUUCUUCAAGGCGGGCUUUGUGUGGCGGCUUCGUGGGGGCCAGCUGCAGCCUGGCUACCCUGCUCAGGCCUCUCGCCACUGGCAAGGAUUGCCCAGCCCUGUGGAUGCAGCCUUUGAGGAUGCCCAGGGCCACAUCUGGUUCUUUCAGGGGGCUCAGUACUGGGUGUACGAUGGUGAGAAGCCAGUUCUAGGACCUGCACCCCUCUCCGACCUGGGCCUGCUGGGGUCCCCAGUCCAUGCAGCCUUGGUCUGGGGCCCUGAGAAGAACAAGAUCUACUUCUUCCGAGGUGGAGACUACUGGCGCUUCUACCCCAGCACCCGCCGUGUGGACAGCCCAGUGCCCCGCCGGGCCACUGACUGGCGAGGAGUGCCCUCUGAGAUCGACGCCGCCUUCCAGGAUGCCGAUGGUUACGCCUAUUUCCUGCGCGGCCGCCUCUACUGGAAGUUUGAUCCUGUGAAGGUGAAGGCCCUGGAGGGCUUUCCCCGUCUUGUGGGCCCCGACUUCUUUGGCUGUACAGAACCUGCCAACACUUUCCGUUAGCCAUGGCUUGGGUGCCCUCAGGGCCCCUGAGCCGUGGCAGGCCACCGACAUCACCUGGAGACCUGUGGCCAUCUUUGUGGCUGUGGGCAGCAGGCAUGGGACAGAACCUAUGUCUCCUCAGGGGAGCUGCGAGGGGGGUCCUGCCACCAUGACAACUGCAGGGAAGGCCACGCAGGUCGUGGUUGCCUGCCAGCAACUGUCUCAGACUCAGCAGGGAGGCUUUGGUAUUAAGUGUGAGGGUCGUCUGGGGCCUGCUCUACCCUGCCUGUGCAGGUAACAGUCAAACCUGGCUGUCCUCGCUCUCUAUGCCUGUCCCUCAGGAAAGGACCUCAGCAGGUUAAGGGGAGCUGGAGCCCUCGCGCUGUCCCUGCUGUGAGGUUCCUGCAGGGUGCUGACAAAUGGAUCCUGGGGCCCCGUGGCCUUCUGCCUUUUCCUGAGAAGUCAGUUCUGGGGAGAUGCUUGGAACUGGCUGCCUUCCAGUUGGUGAUCCUGGAGAUGUCCCCCAAGAUCCAGGCCAGAAGGUCCAGAGUCAGCGGGAAGGGGGGUGCUUCUAGCUGAAGACCCAGGGCCCUGGAGGCCCCAACAUACCUCAAUCCUGUCAUAUGCCGGAUCUCCCUCACCCCCUCAUCCUAGCACUGAGACCCUCCAAAGCCGUGUAAAUGGUGUACAAAGCCUUUCUUUUCUUUUU